AUGUCGGCUUCAACCGAGGGUCUGGUGCCCAUAACCCGGGCGUAUUUGGCUUCUUACUACGACAAAUACAUUUUCCCUCCUCUGUCCGAUGACGUCGUUCGCCUCACUGCCGAGAUUCGUUCCUUGUCCGGCGAUCUGCUUAAUGACUCCGGCUCCCCCCCCAAUCAAGAGGAGAAAUUAUUGAGGGAGGAGGCAGAAUGCGAGGCUCCCCACAAAAUCGAUGAGAAUAUGUGGAAAAACAGAGAACAAAUUGAGGAGAUUAUGUUUUUGCUUGACAGUUCAACAUGGCAAUCUUUGCAAUCCCCCUCAAUGCCUCAAGUAUCUUCUCGUGUUUCUCGACUAAAAGACAAAUUAGCAAGCACUUUCAAGGUUUUGGAGUAUUUCCAGACCAAGAAUUCUGAGUUCGUAUUCAACACAGUUAUGACCUACAUGCCCCAAGAUUUUAGGGGCACCCUUAUCAGACAACAAAGAGAGCGGUCUGAGAGGAAUAAACAAGCUCAAGUUGAGGCGUUGAUUAACUCCGGGGGAAGUAUUCGUGAUCGUUAUACAAUGCUGUGGGGACAGCAGAUGGAACGGUUAAGUUUCUACCGUCAAAUUUCACCAUUUUUUUUUUUCUUGUUGGACAACACUGGUUUCAUUGUACUUGGUCUGGUUCUUGUUUGCAGAAGGAGACAAUUAGCUCAGCUCGGUUCAGCCACCGGUGUAUAUAAGACGCUGGUGAAGUACUUAGUUGGGGUCCCGCAGGUUCUGCUGGAUUUUAUUCGGCAAAUAAAUGAUGAUCAAGGGCCCAUGGAAGAGCAGCGUCAACGCUAUGGACCACCUUUGUACAGUCUUACAACUAUGGUUCUUAACAUUCGGCUUUUCACCUAUCUUUUAUGGAAGCGCCUUGAGGCUCAAAAAGUACAGGAAAGUCAUCUAUCGUCCUUAGAGGCAGCAGUUGCUGUUUAUACAUCUGAAUUUGAACGAUUCAUAAAAUUUAUUGGGGAGGUGUUUGCUAAUUCUCCCUUCUUUAUCAAAGCGGAGGAUGCUGGUGCAUUGGAGGCCAGGAAAAAUGAUGACUUAAAGGAAACGAACGUCCCUGCUGGGAAAAAUUUUGAGGUUGCUUUGACCGUAGAUUCAGUAAAUUCAUACAUUGCCUGGGAUUUCUCGUUAGUGCAAGGAAGGAUGAAUAUGCAAGACAUUGGAUUCAGCAUUGAAUACACCGAUGAAUCUGGACAGAAAACUAUGAUAUUGCCUUAUCGCCGUUAUGAGUCUGAUCAGGGUAACUUCUGCACAAUGAUGGCUGGGAAUUACAGGCUUAUCUGGGAUAAUACGUACUCUGCAUUUUUCAAAAAGGUUUUGCGUUACAAAGUUGAUUGUAUACCUCCAGUUGUUGAGCCGAUUUCUGCUGCUAAUGAAAUGGAAGAAUGAAGUCACUGUGCGAUAGAUGCUGUUUCAAAUUGAUUGUGGAGAAAAAUACUCGUGACAUUUGUUUGUAAUUUUUUUUUUAAAAAAAUACAUUUGUCUGUAAGAGUUAGUUGCAAAUGAAAUGUGGUAAAUGAAAUGUGCUCCGCUUUCUUCUUUCCUCACCCGUCGCCCGCAACAAAAAGGGUUUCUGUAUGAAAGGGAAACCAAAGAACUGUUAUUUUUGUUUUUCUUCCAUUGAAGGAGAUUUCACUUUCAUGAUAGAUGAAUCGUCUUCCGUUUAGGAUUAAUAUCACCUCUGACUGUGCCGGAACUAGACUUGCCGCUUUGGGGGCUGGAUUUCAUUUUAUGUGGG